UAGGGGCUAUCGUCUGCUCCACGCAGUCCUGUCCGCAAGUUCUGAGCUAAUCCCAUCGGAAAUCAGCGAGCUCAGAGCGCGUCCACACCGCGCGUCCACACCGCGCGUCCACACCGCGCGUCCACACCGCGCGUUCACACCGCGCGUUCACACCGCGCGUUCACACCGCGGAGCUCCUGCACAGCGCUCGGUUGCUGCCCUCCGCGGGGCUCCGCGGCUGCGCUUCAACAGCCGGCCUGCAGGGGGCGCGCGGAGGCACGGCGUGAUUCCGGCACCGCCGCUCAGCAGGCGCUGUUCCGCCCGCGGGCGUGCGCGGGUUUCUCAAUUCUGGAAAUCAAUCAUCUCCGCCUGCAGGAUAAGAAGCUUUCGGGAAGGCCAGAGGAAGACCCCGCAGCGCCGCAGCCCCGCUCUCCCAGUGCUGCAGGAGAGCUUUCAGGGCGCUGCUGUGCUGCGCUGAUCCCCUCCGUCCCCUCAGCGCUUCCCAGGGCUCUAACAGAGGACAUCUCUCGUUCGCUCUGCCUUCGAGAAAAAACAGACGGAAGGACACGGUCUGAACAAGUUAGUGCUGUACUCACAUUUACCGGCCUACCAUAAUCAUGAAACGUAACAGCAGUCAGAUGAAGCAAGCACAGAAAUGCGGGUAGGAACGUGCACUUUCUGUGUUUCUAAGUAGUGUAUUCUAGUACGUUUCAUGCAGCAGAUAGCAUUUUGGAGAGGAAACGCCAACGAACUUGUGAGCACUCGAAGCAGUCUCACACUACAGCAGACCGCCGGGCAAACGUUCCCCCGUUUCAGGUGUGCCGAGGCCGGCUUUCCCCGCGAGCCGCAGGCGCCUCGCAGCUCGUUGCGCGCUCUGCCUUCCUGCUGCAGUGCCGCUGUGAGCCCAAGGCUGGCCGCAGGGAGCGCCUUUGUGCAGCGCUGGCUGCGGAUCAAAGGCCGGCCCUGCGGAGCGCCCGGCCGCCCAGCCCAGCUCUGCCCUGCAGCUCCAUGCCGGCUCUGCUGCCAGAAUCGAAAGCUCCUUUCCGCCGAACCCGCCGUCGGAAACCUCUCACUGGGAUCUGCCGGGUGUUAUUAGUUACUGAAGUCGAAUCUGUUGGAAAGCAGUGGAAAGACAUCCAGCAGGUAUUUCCACUGGCUUCAUUCGGUGGUGCUGGGCUGCCCAGCACACGAGAUGGCUGGCACAGACCUCAGUGUUCCAUUGAGAGAGGACUGAAAGCCAAAUGAAUCUACUGGAAUAUUAUCUGGGUUUCGGGUGGGGUGAGACUGAGACAAACCUGCACUUAGAAAACUAGCAACAGAAAUAAUAGUAUUUAAACAUGAGUAUAAAAAUAUGGACAUGUAAAUAUAUAAACAUCUGAAUACAAAUACACACAGGUACGAAUGUGUCCUGCAAACAUUUACAGAUGGGAACCUGACAGCCAUGCCCCCGCUAUGCUGGCCCUGCUCCUCUCCAUCAGCAGGACUCCCCCCAGGCUGUGGGCACUGGGCAGCAUGGGGCGGGCACAGCUGUCUGCUUUGGGCAGCAGCCUCUGAGCUGCCUUGGAGAACAGCUUCCAGCCCCAUCACACCAUGCUGAGAUCUACCAGCAGAUAACAGGUUAAAGGAAAUGUAAAAAUAUCCAGAGCUUGUCUUUCACGUGCCAGGGCUGGGGGUCCCAGCCAAGCCCACCUUCAGGCACGUACAUUUCCCUUCACCACACCAUUCCCUCUCCUCUACAAAAGACAGAGGGUUGAGGAGGUAACAGGAUCGCUCUGCUCUUAUCUAUCCUCUUUAAACACCAGCAGCUGUGCCUGCCUGUGCCCAGACCUGCUGCUGCAGCACACAAACAUUCCUAUCUCGGAAUCUCUUGGCGCGCUGUGCAGCAAUGUGAGCUGUGAGCAUCUGGGAAAAAGGCCUAGAAAUGAUUGAUGAGGGGAGAGGGAAGCCAGGAGGGUGAGAGCUGCACCCCAAGCAGCACAGCCGCACCACGGCCGGCUGCAGAUCGGCUCUCUUCGGGUUUGGCUCUUCCCACAGGGAAGUUCCAAAAAAAAAAAAAAGGAGAAAAGUGUGUGUCUGAAUUAAAGAGGUUCAGAUGCUUCGUGCCUGUGUUUCUAAUGGGAGAGGACAUCCACAGUGGUGAUCCAAGCAGAUGCAGGACAGGAUCAGUGGGGCAGGGCAGCACAGCUUCGAUAAUUGGAAAAUAUAAAGUUUGAAAAUGUGGGUGCAAAAGAGUCAGGAAGGGUAAAGUGUGCAGGAGCUCCUCGGGUGGGAGCAGCACCGGCAGUGCGAGCACUGCAACAGCAGCGGGCGAGAUGAGGUACGUGCCAGUGUUACUCAAGGGCAAUAAAACUGGCUUACAUCAAAGUUCAUAAAAAUUCCCUGAAAAAACAUUUACGAUUGCACAGAGCAGCAGCAAUAGGAAAGCAGAACAGAGACAGAUAAAGCAAACGCGGGGCUCAGCAUGAGCCUCAUGCAGGCUGCUCCCCGCGCUGUGCUUAUCUGUGAUAAACCACAGAUAAAGGCCAUUCCUGGGCUGUCCCACCCUUCUGUUUGCUGCAGGAAGAGCUGACUGUACAGCCAGCUGAGAUCAGGGGAGUGGGAGAAACCAAGGCCUGCACUCAGUGGUAACAGCACCUUCUUCCUCCAGCAAAUAAUUCGCCACACUGAAGGCCUUUCCAGGCAUUUAAAUGUGUUAUCACCUGAAGGGAGCCUCAGCAAAAGCAAACGUGCAGCCACAGAGCUACAAGAGAUGUGGAGCUAAAAGACAAACCCAAACCCUUCUGGAAACUCAGAAUAGUUUUCCUAGGAAUGCUGCCCGAGGUGCUGCUGUCCAGGCAUUUGCCAUACACUGGGAGCUACGAAGAAGAUGGAAUAGUUGCUCCACUGGGCAGUGCCUCCCAAGCUUUUCCCCUCCUGACAAUUCCAGAUAGAAUUCCAAAUUAUCAAAAAGAACUCUUUGGGAGUUUUCCCCACCUAUCUGAAGAAAAUGUAGCCUGAUUGCAGCUAAUUAGCAGUAUUCUCAAAAUAUACCGUGAUUGCUGCUUUUACUCAGGAGGUUCUGAGGGAAUGCAGGGGCCUUCCAGCCCCAACUUCUAUGAAGUAGACCGUAAAGACACUUGCAAAGCCACACAUGUGCCUUUUAUUCUGCAGAAAUCCAAAACACACUGCCUUGAGGACUUCAGGAGGGAACCUGGGGAUGCCCAGAGGGAAGAAUGCUCCUUUCUCCGUGCUGCAGGACACCGAUGGGAAGCUGCUUCUUCUUUCCGCUUCUCGCAUUUCUGCUCAGGGAAGGAGAGUGCACGGAGUUCUGUUCUUCAUGCUCUAACUAUGGACUCCAGCAUUUAACAAUAAAGUAACUGUUCUCUGUCGGUCCCUUCUGCCCACAUGCAAACAGCUUCCCAGGCUGUCAGUGCUCCUGAUGGGAGCUGGAACCUGCUGGGCAGCAUUCCCCCACCGGGCUGAAUAAAACAUUCAGAUCUGCAGAAGGGGCUGUGCUCUGCCUCAGGGCAGGCUGCACAACACAAAAGAACCCAGCUGUCAUGCCCCUAGGCUGCAGAACCACAGAUAAUAGGUAUGGCCCCAAACUGCACGUAUCUGCUGACACAUUCUGUGCCUGAGUUGCUGCAGAACUCCGCUCUGAUACAGCCUCAUCAUCAGGUGCAGAAAAGCCUGCAAGUUACUCCAGCGGGACAGGACUCCUCUCAUCUGAGGAUACAGAUCAUCUACAUAGGAAAGCAAGCAGGACAUGAGUCAGCCUCAAGGCCCCACGUUCACAAUGAAGUACAUUCAGACAAAAAUGACUGAAUUCUGGUCAACUGGCAAACCAAUCUCAUCAAUUACAGCUGAAAGUGAAGCAUAAAUGGGAAAAAAGAAAGUAUCAAUCUGUACAAAUGAUGAGUUGCGAAGCACUGAAAGCUAGUGGAUGGCCAGAAGGCUGCAAGGAAGGCUGUAAGGCCGACUCCACGGGGCUGCACAGGCUCCUUGGCCAGCUUCCAGCUCGUGUGUUUGUUCUUUAACACUCCCUGUAUUUGCCCUGCAGUUUGACUUCUCUCUCCGGACCAAGUGGGUAAAGCACUGAUGUGUGUUUAGUGCAUUUUUACAGGCAAAAAAAGAACAGCCGUGCCCUCAUGCCGAGUAUGCAUUUCAUUUGGCUUAUCUGUAAUUCAUUGUCUUGGUACUACACGGGUUGCUCAUUCAAACAGCCCACAGCUGGCACUCCCAGAGCUGUGGAAGCAGCUGCAGGAAGCAGAGCUCGGCCCUGGCCUGGCUGCCUCCAAUGCUGUCCCUGCAUCCCUCCUUACAGCAGCACCUCAGGGGCCCGGAGGUUUGGAGGGCAGGAGGGCUGGUGGGGAAAGAAAGAGAACAGCAGAAUGAGAUGGAGAGCCGCUCGCUGCUGGGGAUGCUUGCAGUGAUAAAAGCACCACUGCCUUUGAAAAUUCACCUCGGAGAACUGGAUUUAAGCACUGAAGAAAUAACAUUUUCACUACUUUCAGAGCCCAGAAAGCAAUGUGAUUACGUUUCUUCUGUUUACUUCCCUCCUUGGUAGUAGCAAAGGGACUGAACGUAUAAUUGGGCCUUUGUUUCUGUUGUUGCUGACUCCCCAGGUAACACUCGGGGAAGUUUAAUGCCUAUCUCCUACAAACACUGCAAUGGUUCCUUGAAAAGGACCCUUGUUUCUGUACAAAAAUAGACUCCUUCACACACGACACGUUCUCUGUCAGAUCCUCCAUUUUACUGUUGGCCCAAAAGGAAAUAAGACCAAAGAAACAAACUUAAGAUUUGUAACAGAACAGAAUAGUCCAGUCAGUUCAUCAGCUCAAGGAUCCAGUCCAACUGCCUGAGCACAUCAGGGCUAAGGAAAUGCCAUAUCACUGUACCAUAUCACUGAGGGCAGUGACCAGUGCCUCUCCACCACCACCAUCCACAGGGAAUCCAUGGAUCCACCUCCCCGCGAAGGCUGCCCAGCAAAGAAAUUGUUCCUUCUGAAAGAAGGAUUUUUCCUGAGGGAAAGAAGGAAAAAGGCUGGUAGGACCCUGCUUUGCUAAGGCACUGUUCACCAUGUGGGCUCCUUUCAGGCUCUGCUAUCAGCCUGCAGUAGCUGAUCUAAUCACUCCGUAUUUUAACUUUCCUGAGGCUGCAGAAGCAAGUUGCUGUGUGACCUCGCUGGGGACGCAGCACAGGCUGCGGUGGGGCUGCGUGCUGCCAGCCCUGCUGCUCCCAGCACACAAACUGCAACCAGAUCAUGGAGCAACACCUCCCCUCAAUCCCACCUUCUUCCUCAAAAGCCCUGGGGGAGGGAAUCGGCUCGUUGUGUGAAGGUAUUUGGGAAUGAAACCCAGCUCACUUCUCAGCAACUGACCAAUGAGAGGAAUUCCUGUGUUGGCAGAGGGCUGACGGCCGAUAAAUUCCACGGGUCUCAGAUAACACAUUCUGGAGACAACUCCCAUUGUCACAGGCAUAAAAGAGCUGGGGUGGGGGAAAGGAGCACGCAUUCCUGCUUCAGGAUCACAAACGCAGCUGCUUCAGGUCCUUGGCAUUUCUCCCCAUGGCGACCUACAGCUUCAGGCAAACCUCCUCCGUGGCCGGGGGGCCCGGCGGCCGCUCGCUCCGUUUGGGGGGGGGUUCCUUCAGGGCUCCGAGCAUCCAUGGGGGAUCCGGUGGCAGGGGUGUGUCAGUCUCUUCCGCCAGAUUUGUCUCUUCUGGCCUAGGAAGCGGCCUGGGCGGUGGAUAUGGAGGUGCCGUCGGCAGCGGCUUUGGUGCAGGCUUUGGUGGUGGCUAUGGCGGGGGCUGGGGCUCUGGGGAUGGUCUCCUGUCAGGGAAUGAAAAGACGACGAUGCAAAACCUGAACGACCGCCUCGCGUCCUACCUGGACAAAGUGCGUGCGUUGGAGGAAGCCAACUCAGAGCUUGAGACUAAGAUCCGCGAAUGGUACCUAAAACAAGGACCGGGCCCUGUCCGAGACUACAGCCCUUAUUACAAGGCUAUUGAAGACCUCCGAGACCAGAUCCUUGCUGCCACUAUUGACAACUCGAAGGUGGUCCUGCAGAUCGACAACGCCAGGCUGGCUGCUGACGACUUCAAGACCAAGUUUGAAACAGAGCAAGCUCUGCGCAUGAGCGUGGAGGCCGACAUCAACGGGCUGCGCAGGGUGCUGGACGAGCUGACCCUGGCCAGGACCGACCUGGAGCUGCAGAUCGAGAGCCUGAAGGAGGAGCUGGCCUACCUGAAGAAGAACCACGAGGAGGAAAUGAGUGCCCUGGGAGGUCAGGUAGCCGGCCAAGUCAGUGUAGAAGUGGACUCUGCUCCAGGCAUUGACCUGUCCAAGAUCCUGGCCGAUAUGAGAGACCAGUAUGAACACAUGGCGGAGAAGAACAGGAAGGAUGCUGAGGCCUGGUUCCACAGUAAGACUGAAGAGCUGAACCGUGAGGUAGCCAUCAAUACUGAACAGCUGCAGAGCAGCAAGUCCGAAGUCACCGACCUGAGACGCACCCUGCAAGGGCUGGAGAUAGAGCUGCAGUCCCAGCUCAGCAUGAAAGGCGCGCUGGAGAGCAGCCUGGCAGACACCGAGGGGCGUUACGGCGCACAGCUGGCGCAGAUCCAGGACAUGAUUGGCAGCAUUGAGGCGCAGCUGGCUGAGCUCCGAGCUGAUCUGGAGCGCCAGAACAACGAAUACAAGAUGCUCAUGGAUAUCAAGACCCGGCUGGAGCAGGAGAUCGCUACUUACCGGCAGCUCCUGGAGGGUCAGGAGUCCCAGUUGUUUGGCUCCCUUUCUGGAUCUCCCGACAAAAGAGACAAGCUGGCAGAUGGAAAAUAGUACUGAAAGUCCCAUAAAUGUCAACUUCAAGAUGAAGAGAAAAAAGGGAAAUAAAAUGCAGAGAAAUCACACUAAACUGCUGGAAAUUAACUACACAGAAAAUCCUUGUCUACACAAAGCUUAAGUAGAUUGGUUCAUUUAGCAGUGAUUAAUUUGCAGACUAGGUUAGGUUUUUAAUUACUUUUUCUUGUACUGAAAUGCUGUAGCUGCUCCAAUAAAGAUGAUCUUGCAAUCUCGGCUCCUGUU